AUGCUUCUGCGCAACACCAUCGCCAUGGCCCAUGCUGCUACCGCCGCACUCUUGCGUCCUGCUGAAUGGGACCGUCAGUCUCGGGUACUCAUGGCAUGGCCAUCAGCACAGAACGAUGCAUACAAAGGGGCAUCGCACGACCUCAAACUUGCUACCAAGGAUGUAUCCCUAGUCGCCGAGGCUGUAGCUCUAUUCGAGCCCGUUACCCUUCUCGUUACCCCCGACCGGGUCUCGGAGGCUAAUAGUCGAUUUGCCAAAAAUUCGACCAACAUCAAGAUUCUUCCAGUCGACAGCUAUCCCAAGCUAGACCUAUGGAUGCGAGACAUGGCGCCUACCUUUGUCUUUGAUGUCGACGACAAAGGCAGCAAGCAGCUCCUUGGCGUCGACUUCAACUUCAACGGCUAG